AUGUGGGCGCGCGCGCUGCUGGCCUGCGCGGCGCUGUGCGUGUGCGCGCGCGCCUGGCCCGGCGGCGCCGUGUGCGCGCGGCGGGCGGUGGGCGCGGGCGGCGCGCGCUACGUGGCCUUCCUGAGCGCCGGCCCCGGCCCGGCCGCCCUGGUGGAGAGCGCCUGGGCCGGGCGCGGCCGCCUCCGCGCCUGCUGGACCCGCCGCGACCCGCGCCUGGUCCGCGCUUUCCGCGCCGCCUGCGCCCGCCGCCCGCACGCCGCCCCCGGCGCCGCGCUGCGGCGGGACUUGGCCGCGCUCUGGCGGCGCCGGGCCGCCUGCGCCGACCCCGCGCCGCCCGCAGGGCUCCCCCCCCGCCGCCGCCGCCGGCGGGGCUGGACGCUGCCGGGCACGCUGUGGUGCGGCGCCGGCAACUCGGCAGGAAACGCCAGCGAGCUGGGUCUGUUCCGCGGCCCCGACCGCUGCUGCCGGGAGCACGACCAGUGCUCGGCGCAGAUCGCGGCGCUGCAGUUCAACUACGGCAUCCGCAACUACCGCCUUCACACCGUCUCCCACUGCGACUGCGACGCCAGGUUCCGGCAGUGCCUGCUGGCCCUCAACGACACCAUCUCCAACAUCAUCGGCGUCACCUUCUUCAACCUGCUGGAGGUGCCGUGCUUCGUGCUGGAGGAGAGCGAGGAGUGCGUCCAGUGGCACUGGUGGGGAGGGUGUGAGCGUUACGGUGUGGUACCCCUGGCCAGGAUGGUGCAGCAGAAUCAGUACCACCACAGCCUGCCCGCGCAGGAGACGGGCAGCCCUGCUGCGCAGCCCCCGGGCAAGGGAAAGAAGCCCUCUAGAGUAGGGCGCAAGCGGCUCCGACAAGGACUGAGGCAAAAGCCUGGGCUCCUCCAGGCACAGAGACCUGCGACAGCCCAACAGCCGUGGGGCCCAGGUGCCUUGUCCCCUGCGUCCGCCAGGGACAAGGCUGAGCCCACAACCAGGCACCCAGCAGCGCAGUGGAGGCUGGAGCCCAGUGCCCCACCAGCAGUGACCGUGUUAGAACAGGACCUUGCUGGAAGAAAGCGACUGCCAGGAGGAGCACAGCACGGGGCUGGGGGCUCAGCGCGCCCUGCCUGCAUGGCCCGCACUCAGGAUGGCAGCAUCGGAUCCAGCCUGGCCACAGGGUGCUGCGGAGCCACCCUUGUGCCCGCCGUGAAGGAGCGCAGGCGGCCCGGCCUGCCCAGGGCGUGCAGGCGCUACAAGCACCUGGAUAAGUGCAAGCACCAGAUCGCCCCUCAUGAAGUGAAGUACCAGCUGCGCAACACAGGCACCCAGAUGCUCUUCCACUGCAACUGCACUCGCAGGCUGGCACGGUCCCUGCGCAGGGCGAGGGACCUCAGUGGCAUGGAGGUGGCUGUCCUGGCUGACCACAUGGCCAUGAACUGCUUUGUUCUGGAGCCGACCACUGACUGCAGCCCAGGCAAGGGGCCACAGGACAACUGUAACACAACAACCCGAGCUGUGCUAGUACCUGCGCGGCACCUCAAAAAGACCCUGAGGUGCUGGGGUCUUCCACAUGCGACCUCCAAGGCCAAGCAUCCAGACUGGAAGACACAGGACAGUGGUGACACCCUCUAUGAGCGAUGCCUGCAGCUGGCCUUGGAGCAGAAGCCGGGUGCUUAUGUGGUGCCCCGAUGAUGCCCGAGAAGCACUGCCUUGCAUGGGGAGGAGGACAUGCUGUGCAGCAGCCACAGGGUGGAGAUGCUUGAUUUCUGGUUCUUGAGACAAAGGAUGGCACUGAGCAUGGCUGCUGGCAUGACUAUGGAGCUGGGGGGGGUCACAGCUGGAGCAGAGGGACUGAGAAGCCACUCAAGGAGCUGUGGCUGCAGGGGGUGGCUAUAGCUGCCACUCAUAAGCACCAAAGCGCAGGGAAAGGAACAGGAGGGCUUGGGAAAGGGGAAACUCAGUAUCUCCCUUCCCUGUUGUCCCAGGAGGG